GCUUCCUAUUUUUGGAAAAACUAGCAAAGAAUUAAAAACUAAGUUAUAUAGACUAAUAAUCCAUGAUAGCUCAGCAAGCGUGCUGAGCAUUUGAUGAGAAAAUUGACGAGCACAAUAUAACAAAUAGUCCUCCCUUUAUUUCUAUUUAUUUAUCUUACUUUUUUUUUUUUGGUUCCUUUUAAAAAGAAUGACUACUAAAAACUCAUUAUAUUUCUAUUGAAAAUUUUUUAUUGAAAAAAGUUUAGUAACUCUAUUUCCACACAGGUAUUUAAUUUAAAGAGUGAGAAAAAAAACACGUUUCUCAGCAUUUUGAAAAUUCGUUCUUCACCAUAUAUUUUCCUAAUUAAGUGGUUUCGUGGAAAUGAGGUGAGAAAAUCAUGUAACACAAACAAUUUCUAUUGAUUAGUUAUGGGAAAAGACCUCCUCUUCUUGGUAAUGGUAGUUUUUUUUUUUAUAUAUAAUUUUUUAAAUUCAACUUUUUCGUAUGACAUAGUUAAGAGCAUGAGACAAGUGAAACAAGCAACCAAAUCAAGACGAAGAAGAGUAACAUAUAUAUUUAUCUGUUAGAUAUGCCAAACAAUACGUGGCGACCUGUGGUCCAUUGCUUUCUAAUAUGUAAAUGGUCGGUUGGAGUCCAGCAUCUUCUUUCCUAUUACUAUCAAAAUUUCCAUAUAUUGUUUCUGCUCUGAAAUGAAAGAGAAUUUCUUCUUUGCAACUGUUUGCUAAAUUGAAGAAGCUAAACGCUGCUGCCGCCCUUUCAAAUAAAAUAAAGCUCUCUUUAUUAGAAAUCUUGGAGCUAGGUAGCACACUGAAGAAUUUAAAGAAACUUUAGUCCAAGUGACAAAGGAGUACUAAGCCACUUACCUUAUUGUUCACAAGACGUCCCUGGGGAAGCUUUUUUCGCUUCAAUUAUGAGAGACACCAUAAGAUGAUUUCAAGAGAAGUGAACAAGCAAGAGAGCAACCCGAAUGACGAUGGAAACACGAGCAAUCAGAAUAAUAAUAACAAGGCUUCUUCGUCAACGUCUAAUUCAACAACAUCAUGGACAAGGUUAAAGGAUCCAAGAAUUGUUCGUGUAUCGCGAGCAUUUGGAGGAAAAGACAGACAUAGCAAGGUUUGCACAGUAAGAGGGCUAAGAGAUCGUCGUGUAAGGCUUUCAGUUCCUACUGCUAUUCAAUUAUAUGAUCUUCAAGACAGAUUAGGGCUUAAUCAACCAAGUAAAGUUGUUGAUUGGUUGCUUGAUGCUGCUAAGCAUGAAAUCGACGAAUUGCCUCCUUUACAAAUUCCUCCUGGAAAUUUGAACCCUAAUCUUUAUCCUAUGUUGGGAAUUGGAGGUAAUUCACAAAUUAAUAGAGAGGGACAUCAUAAUAAGAGCAAUAGUAGCAUCAAUUGGGAUAAUGUUCCAUUGGAACCAUCUAAUAAUAAUCCCUUAGGGUACAAUCCCAAUAUCUUGAAAUGGGAUCCUUCAAAUUUAUCCUUAGCUCAUUCAGAAAAUUCAGUGCCUCAUCAUCAACAUGAUCAUCAAGAUAUUCACAACUUCAACUUAAUGCCUAGUAUGCCAUUAGGUUCACAUCAUCAACUUGUUGUUUAUCCACCAGGAUUGCCCCAAUUUUUCCAUCAACAUAAUAUUGCUGGAGCAUCGUCGUCUGAUCAGUUUGAUCCGAAAGAAAUCAACUUUCAAAUGUUGAAUAAUUCAGGUUCAGAAAAUCCUACUAAUUCCUUUAGACAUCCUAUUGACUCCACCAGCCAAUCUAUAAGACCAUUUCAUUUUCUACCUUCUCAAAAUUGUGAGGAGAGGGAGUCCUCCAAUUAAUUAAGAUCAUUGAUGAUCCGUUCUGUCUAAGUGUGCUAGCUCUUUAUAACAGCUUAAGUUUUUAGAUGAAGAGUUAAUGGUCACAUAAUUUCGACAUAAUACCAGAGAAGACAGAUAUAAUUUCACUGGUGGUCAUGAGAUAGAGUGAUAUAUUGUGCUAUAUUCUCCGUGAUCCAAUGUUUCAUUUCAUGAUUUCAUCAUAAGCUGCUGGCUAGCUAGCUAUUCAUCUUUCAAGAUCAGAGCUGAUCAUCAAUGAUACGUGCCUCGGUGAGUGAAUAAUUCGAUACUAGCAUAAAUAUAUAUUAUUAUAGCAGCAAAUGUAUGUUCUCUUUAAUCUUUUGAUCAUAAUAAUUUAUGGACUAUUGCUGUAAAACUCAAGACUGGAUUGUUUGAGAUCACUUUUUGCUUCAAUGUACACCGUGUUCAACAUGUAUCAUAUAUGCUGUAUAAAGUUGUACCGUUAAUUAGAGGCAAAAUAUAUAUAGUGAUGACUUCUUCUUCUUCUUCUUUCAA